AUGUCAUCCACCCCCGAGUCCCCCUCUCCCCGCCUCACUGAAAGCCUUGACCUCAAGGUCAGUCCCAAGCUCCCAAUGCUGACUUUCGGCUCUAUGCCCUUGACCCCUCCCCUGACUCCCCCCAUCUCACUCUCUCCAUCAAAACAGUCUAAACCUUCCUCUGUGAAAAUCCACUCCCCAAUCGAUAUCGCAUCCUAUCCCUUGCCGCCUGAUUCUUACUCACACUCCCUUCAUAUACCUCUCAAGGCCCAUCUUGCGCUCGCCCACCCCAAUACCCCUCCCAGCGUGGCUUCCUUUUGCGCUCGACGUCUACUCUCGCCCGAGAUACCCCAUGGCUUUGAAUCCGAGUGGGAGUGGAAACCCAUCCAUUUGCAGGAGAACGGGAUAGACUUGCAGACGGCGGGCGUAGGUAAGGAUGCGACAAAGGAAUUGAGGGAGGGCCAGAAUGGACCUGGGAAGGAGGCAGAUGAAAAGUUGGAGAUGAUGUAUGGAGUCGCCCGAACGAGCUGGAGGAUCUUGGAGUCCAAGGUGCCCACUAGAAAUUACCCCGAGCACCUCGGAGGACCACCGCCCCCGCCCCCUCCUGCUCCAGAAGCGAACGCGCCGCCGCCUGCGGAAGAAGUCACGCAUCUGCGUCUAGGGGCACAUUAUGGAGGAUUAGUGCUGGCAAGUAUGCUGGGGUGCCUAGUCAGACUAGGGCUGAGCGCUUUGGGUAGAUAUGAUGGUGCUCUCAUAUACCCUUUGGCCUGGUCACAAGGCGUGGGGAGUGGUAUCAUGGGACUUUCUCUCGGAUUGAAGAACGACAUAUCUACAUUUUAUCCGCCUCUAUUCACAUUCCUUACGACAGGCAUUGCUGGAUCAAUAACGACCUUCUCUUCCUGGAUGUUGGAGGGCUAUCUCGCUUUCAGCAACUUUGGGAAUUACAAUCGCAAAGGCCUACACGAUACUGUAGACGGGGUCGCAUACUCUCUCUCAACUUUUGCUAUUGCCAUGGCAUCGCUCAAAUUUGGCGAGCACCUCGGUCGUACCCUGCCCCAUCUACCCAGACAGUCGAAUGCCUCUGCCUAUCAUACAACAGAAAAAAGAAGCAUGUCGGCGGCGGCGACGUUCCCUUCCUCCCCGUCGACUGCUGCGAGGACCCCUCUCAGGGAUUCCUUCACAAUUCUCACAGCCGCUCUGGCAUACCUCGUUGCCCUACUUCUCUACUUUCUCGCUCCUCACAGCUGGCGACACGAUGUCACCUUUCCUCUACUCCUCUCUCCACCAGGUGCAAUGCUUCGAUUUGCCCUCUCGAAGCUCAACAUUCGGCGCCCCUUUGUCAACAAAUUCCCGAUUGGGACACUCCUGGCGAAUAUGAUGGCCACUCUAUUAGUAGCAAGCACAUUCGCUGCACAGAGAAGACCUGGGGGAGCAGAUCACGGUGCGAUACGGUGCAAUGGUCUGCAUGCCAUACAGCAGGGGUUUUGUGGCUGUCUGAGUACUGUGUCGACGUUUGUGGUUGAAGCAGCAGUGAUCAAGCGGUGGGGCUGGAAAUGGUUCUACAUCGGGGGUAGUGUAAUGCUUGGUCAUAUUUUGGUGCUGGCGGUAGUUGGCGCUACAGGCUGGAGCGAGGGCUAUAACGAUGUGUGCUCAGGGUAA